UUGAUUCAUCUAGUACCCAAUGGCGAGUGAAACGCAGACAAUCUGUAGUACACCUGCCAUAAGAUCGUUCAAUUCAAAAUGAAAAGCCGUUUAUUAUUCAUUACCGGUAUUUUACUAAUUAGUAGUCGUAAUAUCGGAUCACAAACGCGGAUUCCGUCGUACCUCCAAGAAUGUUAUCAAAAGGAAACGAUCAAUGGACCUCAUCUUCCCUUGAAUCUCCAAACAUUCAUCGAUAUCAUAAGAAAAGCUGAGACACAUGAGGACAGGUCAAUAGACUUGAGGAUUUUUACUUCAUCUCUUCUUCGUAGAUUUAAAUUCGAUGGAAUUGAGUGGCACAAGGACCUGAAGUUUGAGGAUGGAGUGUUGCCUUUCGGUGGGACCGGUCCUCAAAGGACUAAGAAUCAAAUUAUUGAGGAAUUAAUUCCAGGGAAUUAUAAACAAUUCUCGGAUAAUAUUUUGACCAAGUUGGAACGUUGUGCUCUUCAUCGUGCACUUUCCAAUUCUAUUUGGGAGCAUGAGGACGCGUCUCGAGAUAAAUUCUGUAUGGAACGACCGACGGAGAAAAUAUCUGAUAAUAUGGUUCCUGUAGAAAUGAGGAGUUGUCCUCUGGAACUUGGAGUCAUCCUGACACCUUAUGGAACGAUAGCUCCAGGACCUUUGAUCGCAGGCAUUGCGGCUGCUCUUCAGCCCCAAACAGUUGCCGUUAAAUUGUUAGUGAAUAUUCCGGAUCAGUUGAAUUACGAUGAUUACGAUGUCGACAUUAUGAUUCCUAAAAGUGAAAUGAUUCACUUCAGAUCCAUGUGGCUUCAUUCAAUUCUCGCCUCCGAUACCAAUUUGGAUAAUAUUUGGGCAUCAACAGUUGCUGGCGAUUUGGCAGAAAUGGCGGUUCAUCAAGGACCUUCAGUGGGUGAUCGAAUGCUCCUUGGAGCCACUGGAUUUUGGAAUAGCUCUAUAAGACCGCAAAUGUUUUAUUUACUUGGGAAAGAUGGAAGUUUUGAUGCUACCAGAGCAGAAAUCGUCGGGGCAGUUGAUGGUUUCAUAAUUGCCAAACAUUUGAAGCAAUGGACCUCAAACUUCACAACACUUCGGCUCAGUGAAAUACUGGACAUGUAUUAUUCCCCCAAGGGUAUGAGUUUCGACUCAACGGUGAAAGCUUGCAACCGGGGUCAAUCCUUCUGGUAUAUAGCUUCACCGACAGUCCUGGAGCAACAGGUCUAUGCAGCUUCCCAGAUCCUAGCUUAUCGCUGCAGCUCCGUUCACAUGUCCAACGAAGUCUUGAAGACAAUGGUCCACUACUCGGUGACUAAAUUUACAGAUUAUGUGAAUAAUCAUUUAUUUCCUGGACUUCACUGCAUCAAGGAACAACAUCAUCCCAAAGUUGAAGUUCUAGUGACAACCGAUGGAGCUUGGUCGCACGAGUAUGCUGCAGAUUUCCUAGGUGUUUUAUUCGAAGACUUAAAUAUCUCUCCUUUCGGCUCAUCUGUCGGAAUAAUCGAUGGCUCGUCGGGAAAAUGGAUUCUGAACGUCACAAGCAGCUUCUCCUCCGCUCAGUCAGCAAUUAUCAACCAAACGUCAUCUACGAAUCUAAAUUUGACAGAAGUUUUUGAUGUCGCAAGUGAUUACUAUACGAAUAAAUGGAAAGAACUGCAUAGAAAUCAUACAAUCGGUGGAUUGGGUCAGGCAAUCAUAAUUCUGGCUCCAUUAAUUAGAUUAUCCGAACCCGAACUCCAACAAGCACUAAUAUCUUUAAAAAAUAUGAGGAGUCUUCAUCCAGAUGUCAAUAUAAUUUAUUAUACGACGCCAGAGAGAGCGGAUCCUUUGAGAAAACUUUUGAUAUCUCAGGAAGAUUAUUUGCUCACAAGCCUGAGGAUCAAUGACAUCAGCACUCGUCUGGUGGAAGUACCAAAUAGCAUUAGGCCUGGACCCUGUAAUCCAAAUGUAACAUUAGGGGUCAGGGAUCAAAUUGAGGGCUAUGUUUAUCCUCAGGAAGUGAAUAUUUAUCGACUGGAUCCUCUGUGGAGAGUCAAUACCAAAACAGUUACGGUGAAAAUCGUCGGGUUUGGAUAUGGAUCAGUCGAGAUUUGCAAGUGGAAUCAGAAAAGGAGUAGUAUCACAAGACAACUAUUAUCUUGCAGAGAAUUGUCAGGGAAUGAUGAAGCAGAAUUAACCGAUUUCCAUACAUGUCAAAAGCUAGAUUGUCCCACUAUUUUUUAUCAAAUACGAGGACUCUCAUCGACGAAUAAAUGUGCAGAGGCUGAUUGCAAAACUCCGAGACACAUCAGAUAUCUCCUGCGAAUAGAAAAUCUACAAUGUUCGACUGCCGACAAACUCACCGCAUCCUUCAUGACGCUAUUACCAUUAUUUUUUUUUACUUUAAUAAAACAAUCCUUGAAUUAGUCCAAACAUUUAUUUAAUUAUCAAUGAUUGUAGAAAUAAUGCAAAAAUCUUCC